AUGAGCCGGAACUCAUCCGCCGAGAGCGUGGCUCCGGAAGCCAAGGACCGGGUCGAAACGACCCCUCCUUCGACCGCCAAGGAGGCACAACAGGCGACUUUGUUCAAUCCUGAUCCUGUUACCAAGGACGGCUUCCAUUUCCACGAACGCGACGCCGACGAGACCGAUUCCAAUAGCUCCCUCUCCACCAAUCCGUUCCACGAUCCCAAAGUGGCAGAACACUGGCGAGCGGUCUACGAGAAAGCCGAGUACGAAUGCCGCGACAUCUUCGAUCCUACGUACACCUGGACGCCUGAGGAGGAGAAAAAACUGAUUCGGAAGCUCGACUUCCGGGUGUGCUUAUGGGCAUGUGUAAUGUUCUUCGGUCUGCAAGUUGACCGUGGCAACCUGAAGCAGGCUGUCUCGGACAACAUGCUGAAUGACCUGAACAUGGAUACAAAUGAUUACAACCUUGGCAAUACUGUUUUCCUGAUCUCCUUCUUACUGGCCGAACUCCCUUCCCAGCUUGUGUCAAAAAAGAUGGGACCGGACCGCUGGAUCCCACUUCAGAUCACACUUUGGAGCAUAGUCGCUAUGUCCCAGGCUGCUAUUACAGGGAAAACAAGCUUCCUGGUCACUCGCGCCUUGCUCGGAGUUCUUGAAGGUGGCUUUAUCCCGGACAUUGUGCUCUGGCUUUCCUACUUCUACACCAGCCGUGAACUACCCAUCCGGCUGAGUUAUUUCUGGACGACACUCUCUGGCACGACAAUCAUCACAUCUCUCCUUGCCUUCGCCCUCCUGCACAUGCGAGGCGUUUCCGGGUGGGCGGGGUGGCAAUGGCUCUUCUUGAUUGAAGGCCUCAUCACGGCCCUGGUUGGGUUGGCUUCGUGGUUCAUGAUGCCAGCCUCAGCUGCUCAAACCAAGACAUGGUUCCGUCCCAAUGGAUGGUUCACAGACCAUGAGCUCAAAAUCGCCGUGAACCGGGUGCUUCGCGAUGACCCAUCCAAGGGGGACAUGCACAACCGCGAGGCCAUCACGCCAAAACUACUGUGGAAAGCCAUGUGCGACUACGACCUAUGGCCGAUCUAUGCCAUUGGUCUCAUGGCCUACAUUCCAGAAACGCCAGUCGACAACUAUAUCACGCUUACACUCAAGAGCGUAGGCUUCAGCACAUUCACCACGAACCUACUCACCAUCCCGGCUAACGCCUUCCAUAUCAUGACGCUGCUCUUGAUCACAAGGCUCAGUGAAUGGCUCAAUGAGCGGUCGCUAGUUGCCGUGCUCCAGAACGUGUGGACGCUUCCAUGCAUAAUCGCCCUCCGUGUUUGGCCUGGAGUCAUGACGGACGCAUGGGGGACGUACGCUCUGGUCACCGUUACACUCAGCUACCCAUACUGUCACGCCAUUUGCGUCGCCUGGGCGAGCACGAACUCGAACAAUGUUGGAACUCGAACUGUGUCGGCGGCGCUCUACAAUAUGAUGGUCCAAGUGGGCAACGUAAUAGCCAACCAAAUCUACCGCGAGGAUGACAAGCCGCUAUACCAUCGCGGUAACCGGAACUUGAUCAUCAUCAACUGCCUCUCUAUCUGUGUUUUCCUGUUCACCAAAUGCUACUACGUUUGGAAGAACAAACGCCGUGAGCGUGUCUGGAGCAACAUGACCCCAGAGCAACGAGUCGACUACACCAAGAACUCAACCGACCGGGGCAGUCGCCGCAUCGAUUUCCGCUUUGCUCAUUGA